AUGCCCGCUCAUGUCCGCUCAUGCCCGCUCAUGUCCGCUCAUGCCCGCUCAUGUCCGCUCAUGCCCGCUCAUGUCCGCUCAUGUCCGCUCAUGUCCGCUCAUGUCCGCUCAUGUCCGCUCAUGCCCGCUCAUGUCCGCUCAUGCCCGCUCAUGCCCGCUCAUGCCCGCUCAUGUCCGCUCAUGUCCGCUCAUGCCCGCUCAUGUCCGCUCAUGCCCGCUCAUGUCCGCUCAUGCCCGCUCAUGCCCGCUCAUGCCCGCUCAUGUCCGCUCAUGUCCGUUCAUGCCCGCUCAUGCCCGCUCAUGCCCGCUCAUGUCCGCUCAUGCCCGCUCAUGCCCGCUCAUGCCCGCUUAUGUCCGCUCAGGCCUGCUCAUGCCCGCUCAGGCCUGCUUAUGCCCGCUCAUGUCCGCUCAGGCCCGCUCAUGCCCGCUCAUGUCCGCUCAUGUCCGCUCAUGCCCGCUCAUGCCCGCUCAUGUCCGCUCAGGCCUGCUUAUGCCCGCUCAUGUCCACUCAGGCCCGCUCAUGCCCGCUCAUGCCCGCUCAUGCCCGCUCAUGUCCGCUCAUGUCCGCUCAUGCCCGCUCAUGCCCGCUCAGGCCCGCUCAUGUCCGCUCAUGCCCGCUCAUGCCCGCUCAUGCCCGCUUAUGUCCGCUCAGGCCUGCUCAUGCCCGCUCAGGCCUGCUUAUGCCCGCUCAUGUCCGCUCAGGCCCGCUCAUGCCCGCUCAUGUCCGCUCAUGUCCGCUCAUGUCCGCUCAUGCCCGCUCAUGUCCGCUCAUGCCCGCUCAUGUCCGCUCAUGCCCGCUCAUGCCCGCUCAUGUCCGCUCAGGCCCGCUCAUGCCCGCUCAUGUCCGCUCAGGCCCGCUCAGGCCCGCUCAUGCCCGCUCAGGCCCGCUCAUGCCCGCUCAUGUCCGCUCAGGCCAACGGGAACCUUUGA